AUGGGUCAUUCUGUAUUCCGAGUUUUGUUCGCUCGUUCGUCUGAGUUCACGGAUUUGUGGUCAAAGUUCACGUGUUCACUCAUCAGCGGCAGUGAAAUGGCACAUGUGGCCAAGAAGAGGAAGUGCAUGUCUAUUGAACUGAAAAUAGACAUUCUGAGAGAAGUCGAGGAAGGGAAACUGAAGAAGGGCGAGAUUUCCGCGAAGUAUGACAUCCCACCAUCGACGCUUUCUUCCAUCGUCAGCGCUAAAGAAAAGAUUCGCAAGGAAUUCUUCAAUGCCAGCUUUGCUCCAGGAAGAAAGAAGUUGAGAGGUGCAAAAUACGGUGACAUUGAAGAAGCUUUAUUUGAGUGGUUCCAGCAAGCACGUGCCUGCAACAUCGCCCUUGAUGGGAACACCAUUCGGCAGAAAGCCGCAGAACUGGCGAAGGUAUUGGGGAUCGAGAAACUUGAGUGCUCUUCUGGUUGGCUCUCUCGCUUCAAGGACAGACAUGGAAUCGUGUUCAAGAAAGUUUGUGGGGAAGCCGGAAGCGUGCCUGAUGAAAUCGUCAACAAAUGGAAGAAUGAGACUCUUAGAAGCAUAAUAGGCAGCCAUCGCCCAGAGGAUAUUUUCAAUGCCGAUGAGACAAGUCUAUUCUUCAAUCUCACACCUGAAAAAACUAUGCAGGUAAGUCCUGAUGCCGUAGCAAACUGCUUUCGAAAAGCUGGCUUCUGCCAUGGCGAAUCUACACAGGAGGAAACUGAUAUUGCUCCUCCAAUGGAGAGCGACGACGCCUGGGAGGAAAUCGCCUCUCAGUUGCAAGUGGGCUGUGAAUUCACACAGUUCGUGAAUAUUGACGAGGACGUUCCCACGUGCGAGCCGCUUCCCAAUCCUGCUAUGUGUGCAGAAGCUCACGGAGUUAUGGAGUUAGAAGAUGCUGCCAAUGAGGAGGAAAUGGAAGAACAACCAGCCAUACCCAAGUCACGGAAUGUUAUGGAAGCAGUGGAAACGAUCAAGCUGCACCUUUAUCAUGCAUGCCACGGAAAUGAAAAAAUGCUUAGAAAAAUCUCGGACAUAGAGAAAUUCUUUCUGAAGCGGGCGACUUCAAGUCGGCAAACAUGUAUCCGAGAUUACCUGCAGUCAUGA